AUGGCGACUCAGAGCCCUCAGCCCAUGCCCAUCCGCUGCAAAGCGGCCGUGUGCAGGGCCGCCGGCGAGCCGCUGGCCGUCGAGGAGAUCGUCGUUGACCCGCCCAGGGCGCACGAGGUCCGGAUCAAGAUCGUCUGCACCUCGCUCUGCCACAGCGACGUCACGUUCUGGCGUAUGCAGGAUUUCCCCGGCGUUUUCCCGAGGAUUUUUGGCCACGAAGCCUUCGGGGUGGUGGAGAGCGUAGGGGAGCAGGUGGAGGGCUUCGCCGCCGGCGACGCGGUGGUGCCCACGUUCCUGGGCCAGUGCACCGAGUGCGUGGACUGCGGCUCGGAGCGGAGCAACAUGUGCUCCAAGUACCGGUUCGCCGUGCGGCCAGGUUUGCCGCGCGGCGACGGCAGCCGCUUCCGCGACAGCACCGGCGCGACGCUCCACCACUUCCUCGGCGUCUCCAGCUUCAGCGAGUACACCGUCGUGGACGUCACCCAGGUCGUCCGCGUCGACCCCGCCAUGCCGCCCCCCACGGCCUCCCUCCUCAGCUGCGGCGCCACCACCGGGGUUGGAGCUGCAUGGAAGCUGGCUAAAGUCGAGCCGGGGUCUACGGUUGCUGUCUUUGGCCUCGGCGCCGUAGGAUUGGCGGUAGCUGAAGGGGCCAGGAUUUGUGGGGCGUCAAAAAUCAUCGGCGUGGAUUUGAAUCCUGAGAAACAUGAACUAGGAAAGAAGUUUGGUGUGACGCAUUUCAUCAAUCCGCAAGAACUUGGGGAGAAACCUGUCAGCCAGGCGAUCAUCGAGAUGACUGCCGGAGGCGCAGACUACUGCUUCGAGUGCAUCGGGCUGGCGUCGCUGAUGAACGAUGCUUUUCGGAGCUCCCGAGAGGGAUGGGGCAAGACGAUCAUUCUUGGCGUAGAAAUGCACGGUGCCCCUUUGGCCAUUCCUUCGUUGGAGAUCCUCCACGGCAAAUGCGUCAUGGGAUCACUCUUCGGAGGGGUGAAACCCAAGCAGGACAUUCCCAUUUUGGCCGAGAAGUACCUGAACAAGGAGCUGGAGUUGGACAAGUUCAUAACUCACGAGGUUGCCCUGAAGGACAUCAACACAGCAUUUGAACUUCUGUUGCAGGGGAAGAGUCUCAGAUGCACCAUAUGGAUGGACAAGUGAUGUGACUCAAGUCAAAUUGCAGCCGAGCAGACCAGCUCCCUACUGGAGUUUGCUGCUCACUUGAGUAUGGGAAAAAAUUACUGGUCUCACUGAUGCUUGAAGAAGACUUGUGUGAAUAACUGAAGACUCGUGUGCCAAAUCCCCUGCCAAACUUUUUUUUUUUUGGUGAAUGAUCCCCUGCCAAACUUCAUUGCUAUAAAAUUUAGUCCCCGAAAUUCCUGCGUGUAUUGUCAGUUGAAUUCUGCCUGUAACAGCAUUUUCAGAAAAAAAUGGAUUAUCCAGGUGAAUAAAACGCUGCCUCCUCUGGUAACCAGAAUUGUGAUACAUUUCAUGAU